UGAUACCGUACUGCUCCAUAUGUAAUGAUUAGUUUUGUUUUGGGUUAGGUUAAUUAUUAUAUUAAUUAUAAUUAAAAAUUUCACAAGGUUAUACUGAUACAAAAGGUGAAUCUAUCAAAUUUGAUUGUCCAACAAGUGUAACUGAAUUGAGUGAGUAGGUAGCAUAAAACCACCUAACUAGUGCGUUAUUAAAUAGUGGAUGAACUCACCCUUAACACAGUCUGGGCACCAACUAAUUCCCGAAGGCAAUUUUGAACCGAUAAAGAUGGACACCAAGAAGGUGCAGAUAUACAUCCUUGUGGCAAUAUUGUUUCAUUGUUGUGAUGAAGCGACUUCCAUUGUCUGCACGCCGAACUUUUGCGACUCCGUGAACUGCAUAAAUGACGAAGUGUGCGGACCCAAUCAAGUACUGAAACCAGCAAGUUUUUGCAAUUGUUGUAAGAAAUGUGUAACAAUCUUGAAGGAAAAUCAAAGAUGUAGUUCGCUUUUGGAUUCUUUGCGUGGAUUUCCCAAGUUACACGAAUGUGAUGAAGGAUUAGUUUGCAUUAAUGAUGUUUGUCGUUCAAUCAAUGAGCAAUUGGAUCCCAUAUUUGCUAUGUUUUAAGAUUUUUGUUGUUGUGACCAUUCACAUGUUUACUUAUGUACUAUUUCAUCCUGAUAAUGUAAAAUUAUCCAACUAUAAUGUACUGUUAGAUAUUUAAUUAUUAGAUUAGGUAUAAUUAAA